GGUCGUUUGAAUGCGAGCGAGUCGCCGCUGGAAGGAAGUUUUUUGUUUUGUGUAGACGGUGAUCGUGGAUAUGGAAGAGGACGAGGCGGCAUUUGAUUCUCCCGGUGAUGCUGACGCAAGAAAAUGGGAUACAAUUUCUUCGAACUUAAAUGACUUAUGCUUUCAUCUCAACUCCAAGAUCUCAAAUAUCAAAAAGUCACUUCAGUUGAGAAAAAUAGACCAAGAUCCAUCUUUGAAGACAGUGCUCAGUAAGGUAGUCCACGAAUUGUUUCUCUUACAUAGCCUCCUCAAUAAAUUGGAAGAGGAAUAUCAUCAUCAGAAGAGACAGCAGAAGCAACUCAAGGAUCUGCAAGAGUCGGUGGAGAGGGACUAUCUGGAAGCCCAGCAUCUGGAAGAAAAUGUGCCAAUUUACCUUCCCCAAGCUACCCAAGGCAGUUCGAUAGGCGUAACUUUAAAGGCGAAGGAACCGUGCAAAACUGAGGAGAAUAAACCUGCAAAGAAGUCAGCCAAAAUCUCCAAGUGCAUCAGAGAAGCACCUUUCAUAACAGCCGAGGAGUUUGAGAACAUUCCCGCGUACAUGAAAGGCCGCCUGACAUACAGCCAAGUGAACGCGGUCAUUGCGGAGAUCAACAAAGCUGUGGCUAGCAAAUACAGCAUCAUGCGCCAGCCUCUUAAAACCAUGGGGAACCCAACCAGGAACCUCUACUUCCGAUUCCAGGAAGAAGAAACCAAAGACACCAAAGGUGAAUAUUUUAUUGUGGAGGCUGAUAUUGAACAGUUCACCCAGCUGAAGGCUGACAAACGUUUUCACAGUAUCCUGACAAUCUUGCGACAUUGCCACCGCGUGCGGGAAAUCCGAGGAGGCCGACUCGUCCGCUACGCCAUCUGCUAAAAAUUAUGGGUCACCGUUGUAGACCUUUUAGUGACUCUUCCCCCCCUGCCCCGGACAAUACUGCUUCCUUUUCUGCUUCCUUCCUGCCAAUAUUAUUAGGAAAGAUGGGUUUUUGUUGGCAUUAGUAAGAUGUUUGUGGUGGGGCAAAUAUUUUUUUUAGCUUUUUUGCCGUGAUGAAGGCAGCGGAACCCAUAUCACAGCUUUUCCUGCCAUCUCCUCAUUUCACUUUAAUUUUCUACUUGGAGAGUUUACGACAUUUUAAAAACGGCAACACGAGAAGCCUAAUAGAUGAAGUGUUUGAAAUGUGUUGCGCUCAAAGUCUUUGGAACUGGAACUAUGGAAGUUAUGUGUUGCUAAUAAAUCAGAGAAGGA